UGACAUUAUUACUUCUGAUGAGAUGUGUUACUACGGCGCAGUUUUGCAUUAUUAAUAACACGGAGCAAAACAUAAUUGUUGUAGACGCUGCUACAGCAUUAAUAAACAAUUGAUGUCACGUUUAUUAACCAGUUAGGCGGUAUAUCUCAGAUGAAACUGCUGGAAUGGACAUCUGGGUUGUCUUAGAGAAGAUGCAGCUACAUUGCACAAUUACAGGUUAUGUGUGGCCGUGUCUCCAGCCAGCACAAGAAUGCUUGCAAAACCCCGGUUUAAAGGAGGCUAGGAGUCACACAAUCCCUUUGAAUUUGAAGUCAAAAUGUCGGCCCCUUGCGGGCAACAUUCACAUUGGCAUCUUGCAAUCCGAGAAGAAGUUGGUCGGGGUCUGUGCCACGUAGCAUCAACUUCCUGAAGAAGUUUGAUGGAUAGCGGAUAGCUGGGGACUGCGGUUGGCGGUGCAACAUCUUUUGGUUUCCAUGUCCCGAAGACAAACCUUUUGAAAGCACAAAAAAUAACAAAAGUCUGUGAUGACUGCAAUAAUCAUCAAACUCGAAGCAAGGUUUAUCGUUUCUUGGAUAACACCGGGCUCUGACAACAGCUGACACGGCUUGAAAUGCCCGUUUUUAAAGUUACAGAGUUCUGAAGCCAGUCAUGAUGGGUUGCUCCGUCUUGGUUCUGGCCUCGGCAGUGUCCGUCCUGGGCGGCCUGGUCUUUGGAUACGAGCUGGGCAUCAUCUCUGGAGCCCUCCUCCAGCUGCAGCCGGAAUUCCAGCUGAGCUGUUUCCAGCAGGAAGCGGUCGUGAGCGCCCUGUUGCUCGGGGCCCUCUCGGCCUCCCUGGUUGGCGGCGUCCUGAUAGACCGGCACGGCCGGAGGAACUCCAUCCUGCUCGGCAGCCUGCUCAUCCUGGGCGGUAGCCUCCUUCUGGCUCUCAGCAGGUCUGUCUCGGCGCUUGUGGCCGGCCGCAUCGCUGUCGGCUUCGCCAUGUCGAUCUCAUCCAUGUCCUGCUGCAUUUUUGUCUCGGAGAUGGUCAGGCCCAGACGGCGGGGGCUGUUGGUGACUCUGUACGAAGCCGGCAUCACCGUCGGCAUUCUGGCAGCCUACGCCAUGAACUACGCCUUCUCCGAGGUCAAAGAGGGGUGGAAGUAUAUGUUUGGGUUGGCCACUGUCCCAUCCUUGGUUCAGUUCCUCGCUGUUCUCUUCCUCCCAUCCCGAUCUGGAAUGCCACUUCAGGUAUCCCAGGAGGCCCCCAGCCAGAGUGGCCUCAUCCAGCUGUCCUCGGCCGAAGAGAUGGAACACGGCGGUGCCGCCAGAGUCUCUGACCAGUACUACAGUUUCCUGAACCUCUUUCAAUCCAAAGACAACAUGCGAACCAGAACCGUCAUCGGCCUGGGCCUGGUGCUGUUCCAGCAGUUCACUGGCCAGCCCAAUGUGCUCUUCUACGCCUCCACCAUUUUCCACUCUGUGGGUUUUCAAAGCGACUCCUCUGCAGUCCUGGCCUCGGUGGGGCUGGGCGCUGUGAAGGUCGUGGCGACUCUAGUCUCCAUGAGCUGCGCCGACAAGGUGGGCCGAAGAGCACUGCUGAUCGGUGGAUGUGUUGUGAUGUCAGUAUCCGUGAUGGUGAUUGGACUUUUGAGCCAGCACACCGCCAUCCAUGCCAAUAAGACCUGCAGCGGUGAUGGUGAUCGCCUGAAAAGCAGCAUAUUUAUCACUGUGAAAUCCACUGAACCUACACCCUCAAAUAGUUCUGUGUUUCAAGUUUUGAUUCUGAGCAACAGCAGCGUGGAAAAACCUAAAGGCAGUGAGAAAUCUUAUGGAUCACCGGAUGUUUCGGAAACCUAUUCAUCCUUUCAGUCAUUCUCGACAGAUAUGACUCCAGAGACUUCGGUUUCCACCAGCCCUAUGGGAUAUGGAAUACUGAACUGGAUCAGCUUGCUCAGUAUGAUGGCAUUUGUAAGUGCAUAUUCAGUCGGAUUUGGACCAAUGACCUGGCUGGUCCUCAGCGAAAUAUUUCCAGCCUCGCUGAGGGGAAGAGCCUUUGCCUUCACUAAUUGCUUCAACUGGGCAGCCAACUUAAUUGUUACCUUUACCUUCCUGAACGUGAUUGAUACUUUAGGCCUGUCCUGGACCUUCCUGCUCUACGGAUUGACUGGAGUCCUUGCUGUUCUCUUCAUCUACUUCCUCUUGCCUGAAACAAAAGGGAAAUCCCUGGAAGAGAUAGAUAAGGAGCUGUCUGGAAAAAGGUUUUAUAACAGAGGUUGGAGCGGCUAUGAUUGGGGCAAGGAAAGCAUUUCUUCAGCCAGAUAUCAAAGAGUGGAGCUCACCAGCCCAACAGAGUAGCAGCCUGUCGACCUCAAGCUGUGUUUCUGCAUGUAAUGUGCAAUAGAAGAUUUCCUGUCCUGAAGUGCAAUAAGUUGAAUAGUAUGUGUUAGCCAAAGUGAUUUAGAUCACAAAGGUUUAUUUUUUCUAUUUCUUAAAAUACCUAAUAAAAAAAAAGGCCAAGAAAA